UGGCAGCACCACCGUUCCAAUGUUUUUACUUCUCUAACCUCUCGAAAUCAGUUCAAAAUUAAAACGGAGAAGAACUUACAAUGAAUCCAUUCUAUAAAACGUUAAAACCAUCAUGUAAUUUUGGAAAUAUCCAAUUAAUCCUAAGAUUUCUGAGAACAGCUCCCAAGGAAAUUGUUACUGUAGAAGAAACUCCAAAAACAAAACUUCUGAAAGUUUCUAUCAUUGGUAUGCCCAAUGCUGGAAAGAGCACCUUAAUAAAUGCUUUGAUGGAUAGAAAAGUAUGUCCUGUAUCUUCCAAAGUACAUACAACAAAAAAAAGAUCUGUUGCGAUUUUCACGGAAGAUGAUACUCAAGUAGUUCUUUUAGAUACGCCUGGAGUUGUAUCGCUAAAGGAAUGGAAAAAAUUUGACUUGAAUAGAUCUUUUGUAAGAGAUGGAAUUAAUAGUAUGUAUCAAGCUAAUAUAGUAGGCGUAGUUCAUGAUGUAAGCAAUCCUUGGACGAGAGAAAGGAUAGAUAUUAAAUUACUACAUAUGUUAGAAGAACUCAAGAAAAGGCCAAGUUUUUUGGUUUUAAAUAAGAUUGAUAAGGUGAAGCAAAAGAGAAAAUUAUUAGAAUUAACAAGAAAACUCACAGACAAUAGAUUGGAGGGAAAACUCUCGGAAGAAAAUUUAGAAGCAAGUGAAGACGAUGUUGAUGUAAUCAAGGGAUGGCCAUAUUUCAAAGAAAUAUUUAUGUUGUCAUCUUUAGAAGGUAAUGGUGUUGAAGAUCUGAGAAAAUACCUGAUCAAACAAGCAAAACCUGGACAUUGGAUGUACCCAGCUGAAAAAUUCACAAACGAAGAACCUGAAAACUUAAUUGUUUCUACUGUUAGAGCCAAGUUAUUAGAUUUUUUGCCUAAAGAAGUACCCUAUAAUUUAGAAUCCACCAUGGAAUUUUUUGAAACACAGGAAAACGGGAAAAUUGCAAGUGUAGUUCUUGUAACAUGUCCCACUGAGAGAAUAGCCAGAUUAGUAGCGGGAGGAUCAGACGGAAGACUACAAAGAAUCACAGCAGCUUGUCAAGAAGAGUUACAAAAUGCUUUUAGAAACUUUGUUAAACUAAAAAUAGUUGUGGAAGCGAAACCAAAAAAAUAAUUAGAUUUACUUGAUUGUAUAUAUUAUAAAUAAAUUUUAUUGCUAUUACACUCA